AUGACUCAACAUGUAUUCACUGAUAAACAUCAAUCAUCUCGUCGUUCUUCUGAUAAUCUUGAUGAUGAUCGAUCAAAAGUACUAUCACAUCAUUUACCAAAAUCAUCUAAUAUUGUCGACAAAAAUAAUUCAUCAUUAUCUGGAACUAUUAACGAACCUGGUUCACGUAUUGAAUUUCUUGAACGAAAUCUUCGUUAUAUUCAAGAACAACAAGAAAUAGUACUUGUUGAUUUACAUAAUGAAAUUAGUCGACUUCAACAAGAAAAUAGAGAUCUUCAUUAUCGAUUGAUUAAAACUUAUUCAUUAUCUUCAACAGAACAAAAACAAAGAAAUAUAGAUCAAUUAUCUUCUUCAUCUUCUCCAAAUAAAUCUAAUCAUGAUAAAUUAGAAAAUCAAAUUUAUCUUAAACAACAUAUUGAUAAACUUGAAAAACAAUUAAUUGAAAGUGAACAAAAAAAUAAAUAUCUAAUGAAUACUAUUGAUGAAUUAAAUGAUACUUUAUCAUCCAAAAUUGAAAUACCUAAUACAAAUAUUUCCAAUAAAGAUGACAUUCAAAUACCAAUACAAACAACGAAUAAUGAAUGUCAACAUUUAUUUAAUAUGACAUUUGAAAAAGAACAACAAUAUAUACACGAAACACAAAGAUGUAAGUUAUUUUCAUUUAUUAAGAUAGUUAAAUUACGAUCCGUAUUAGUUGAAAUUCUCAAUACUGAACACUUAAAUAUAACAUCAAAAAUUCUUAUUCGUGAUUGUUUAACAUCAACAAAUAUGAGUGAAAAUUCAAUAAGUAAAACUACAACAACACCAGUUGAUAUGUUAUAUUUUAAUGAAAAUCAACAACAAAAAACUAUUGCUUCAUCAUCAACAGCUGGAAAAACUUCAUCAUUUCGACAUGAAUUACCUGUUCGACGUUUGAAUCUUUCACCACCACAAAUAGCUGGACAGAGAUCAAGUAGUCAACUUCGUCCAAUUGAAAAACGUAUUACUUUACCACCAAUUGUGUCAGGAAAUAAUUCAACAUUAUGUCGUGAUCUAACAGAUGUAAAUGGUUUUUUGCAUAACUCAUCGAGUCCAAAAAAUGAAUCUCAAAAUCAAAAUUACAUUAAAUUUGGUGAAACAUCAAUAGCUCGACGAGAACGAGCUACUCAUGAAUUACAAAAAAAUAGACUAAUGAAAAGUCUUUAUCAUUAA